GAACAAUAAAUUCGAUUAUGAUACAUUUCAAACCUUGUAUGGAACAAGGAUCAUUUAAAUUGAAAACUUUUUUCAAGUAUUUUAAAGUUGGCCAAUGCGCAGUUAAUUUUCGAAUCUCUACACUCGAUCGCGUUGACGAGAUAAUAGAUCAAUUAGUGAAUUCAUAAGACAAAUUUGAUAUUUGUUUACGAAUUUUCCGUUAAACGUUCGAAAGGCGGUUUAUGUAUUAUUGACUCUUACAUCUUGAUUAAAGUGUGUAGCUUCAACUCAAGAUGUAUUGGCAUACGUCGAUCAGUCAACAUGAAUAAUUCAUGUGACAAAACAUGUUAAAAAAGUCGUGGCAUUAUUAUUUUAAAUGUAUAAUACGUGUAAAGUGAUGUUAUACCAGGAUAAAUAAAAAAUACAGAGUUCAAGAGAAAGAUUGCAAUCUUUAAUGGUGAUAUUCGUGAGGUUUGAAUAAUCUCGUUGUAAAAAAUCGUUUAUCCAGACUAUCUUCUCGUAAGAUUACAACAAGUGAAUUAGCGGAAUCAUGGACGGAGACUCAGAAAGACAAUUCUACAAUCUGACGAUAAACGGGGACAGAAUCAGGUAUGCUCUGCACAAGAUUCUGAGAUUGCCCGAUAUCGAGGAGACUUGGAUCUUGGACUACCUAGAAGAUUUACCGAGCUACAUUGACCUCGAAGAAAAAGACGUAGACGGAAAUUAUCCGAUGACGCUGGCGUGCCAGCGGCACUCGGCUCUGGUGAUGAAAGCUCUGAUGAACGCGGGAGCGAACCCCAAGUGCCAGCACAUGGACGGCGGCAGUCUGCUGCACAAGCUCAGCGCGAAAAAGUGGGUCGAGAACCACAGCGACGACGAGCUCAAGCGGAAAAUCUGGAUGCUGCUGCGGGCGGGCCUUCGCGUCGACCAGCUCGAUGACAACGGCAUGACGCCCUUGACCGUGGCCGCGAUGACCGACAACCCGAUAAUGGCCCAGCUCCUCUUGUGUUACGGAGCCGAUGUCGAUUACAUCGAUUGGGAAUUGAAGACGCCUCUGCAUUACGCCAUCGAAUCUUACAGUUUUACCACUGCCUGUUGCCUCAUUAGUGCCGGCGCGGAUCCGAAUAUUAAACGAGAUGGCGAAACCUGCCUGCACAUGGCCUGCGACCUUCCGGAAGUGGGAGGCGACUUCCUGGUCCUUCUUGGCACCAAAGGCGCCUACUUGAACGAGACCGACGGAAUCGAUGGAGCGACUCCUAUUUUAAAAGCCGCCAAGCACGGAGCUCUCGAGUACGCUCAAAUAUUGGUCGCGCUCGGAGCCGAUGUCUAUGCGCGCGAUUGCCGCGGAAGAUCCAUGAUAGAUUUGGUCGACGAGAAAAUAGAUAAGAAUUUCUUUAUGUUCUUCUGGGGCUUUUUUCAUCUACUCAGAUUGGUCGCAACGCCGCGGAAUGUCGCGGAGCACGACCUCAUAGUUAAGAGCGCGGACGAAAAAAUGGUGAAGUCGAAAUUAGGCGUGCCCAGAUUAUUACGCCCAUGCCUCGACGAUGUCGUCAGCACGUUGAAAAUUGCAUUCCUAUUCACGAAUCUCUCCUACUACCAAUAUCUGGGCUUGACUGAAAAUGUAAUUGCAGACCUGUACUUAGACUGGAAACUUGACGAAAAGAUUCUGACGAGAGAGCACGCAGUUAUGGGAAAUCCGAAAAUGAGGUACCUGGUACUGAAUGCCUAUGAGAGAGGAAGAUUUCGAGCCAGGAUCAGAGCCGCCGCCUUCGCGGCGUUCAAGAAGUUAUUACGUUACCCUGAACUGUCUUACUCGUGUUUUUAUCGCAUCACAAACUACUUGUUCAAUGGCGAUUUGUUGAACGUCAUUGCAGCCACCGAUAUAAGGAAUCGUCCAUCUGACUACGCGAGACAACUUCGAAUGGAGAAAGAAAUCAAAGAGGGAAAAGAGGAUGAACUGAAAAAUUCUCAAGAGAAAUUAACCAUUACCAAAUUAUUGGCGGCCGCAAAAAAUAAUCAAGUCGAAGUCGUCCGAAAUUCAUUGAAAACUUAUGGAUUGCCUCGCGAUGGCCCAAAAACAACGGCAUUUUCUAUUUUAAAAUUAAUGGUACAAUCAGAGAACAGAGAAACAAUAAUACAGCUACUACUUGAUGCCGGUUGUCCAGUAAAUGAUUUAAACACUGAUGCUCAGGAGCCAACACUCUUGUAUUCAGCUGUACAAAGACAAAAUGACAAAAUUGUUGAAAUGCUGCUUGACAAAGGAGCUCAAAUUGGAAUUAAGAAUCAUUAUUCUGGUUUGACUCCCAUGCACCUUGCUGCUCAGAAAGCCCAGUACAAAAGUCUUUGGACUAUGUUAAAUCAUGAAGUUGAUGUCAACAUUACUGAUAACACUGGAAAAACAGUAUUACAAAUAGUAUGCAAUGAUGCAGUAUUUGAUGAAAGUUUAACAAAUAAAGUACAGAUUAAUGUUAUAAAAAAACUUCUAGAAAAAGGAGCUCUUGUCAAUAUUACAGAUGAUAGUGGAAAUACUGCAUUGCAUUCAUUACUUUCUAAUUCAUCCAGAGGCUACAAUGAUGAACCAGUUCUUGAACUAGUCAAAACAUUCUUUCAAAAAGGAUUGAAGUGGAAAGUAGAUAAACAUGGUCAAAAUUUUGCACACAUAGCAGCUGGAAAUAAUCAUUUCAAAACACUGAAUUAUUUGCUUGAUUUUGUUGAAGAUGUUAAUGAAGUUGAUGCAAAAAGCAAAACUAUACUGCACAAAUUGUUGGAAGGUCUAGAUAAUUUAUCCAAAUUCGUGCCAAAAGAAGCUGAACAUGUUAUUGUCAGAUUAAUAUCUAUGGGUGCUUCUUUUGAUAUCAAGAGUUCUUCUGGUGAUGCAGCUAUUCAUCAAGCUAUAAAAUUGAAAAAUAUAGACUUAAUUUUAGAAGUUUUACAAGGAGCUGGAAAUUUUAAUGUUCAAGACCAGUUCGGUAACACAGUUAUCCAUCAUCUUUUACAAUUAAAAAAUAUAGAGCUAGAAAUUAUUGAUCAAUUGCUAAAAUCAAACAAAUUUAAUUUAGAUUUAAUAAAUUUGAAAAAAGAGUCAGUUCUACACUCUGCUAUUAAAAAUAAGCAUUACAACAUUUUGUAUCUUCUUUUACAAAGAUCUUGUAAUGUUAGAAUUCAAGAUUUCAAUGGCGAUAGUGCUCUUCAUCUUUUAAUGAAUAAUAAAAUAGAUGACGAAAAUUUAGUGCAACAUCUGUUGAGAAAAGGAGCCGAUAACACAGCUAAGAACAAAAUGGGUUUGACACCUUAUCACAUUGCUGGUUGUACAUAUCUCAAAGAACUAAAAAAAAGUUUUUUAAUGAUGUUGAAACAUAGCAAUGAUAUUUUUCUAUUGCAAUCUCAAUGCAAUGAGUACAAUGAAAAUAUAUUACACAUUAUUCUUAAGCAAAUUUUGAUUGAAAAAAAUGUAGAUUCAAUUUAUUAUGAAAUCAUUAGAUUACUUUUGUAUAAAAAAGUAAAGUUAGAUUUAAUAAAUUGUUUUGGAAAAAUGCCUGUGCAUAUUCUUGUAGAUAUUAGUAAUGAUCAUUUGACUGAAUUUAUUCUAAACAACUCUUCAAAAGCUAAUAUUCUGAGUAAUGAAGGAAGAUCAGUACAGUAUUUCUGGCAAAAAUGCAACAGUAAUGCUUUGAAAAAAUCGCCACAUAUAAUGAAGAAGUUAUUACUUCUGCUAAACCAGAUUCAAUGUGAAUCUAUAGUUAAGUCUGAAAACAAAAACGAUAUAGAAUGUUACUUGAAGAUAUUAGAUGAUUCCAUUGAGGAAAAUAAGUUAAUACUUCAGAAAAAAAAUGAAGAAGUUCAGGCUUUAAAGCAAAUUCAAAUUGGAAAGUAUGCAAACUUAUUUGAUUUGAUGGUAAGAAGCAGUAGUGUCAUGGGUAAUUAUGCAUACAACAAAAGUCUGGAGGAAAUUAUUGCCUCCGAAAAUUUUGCGGAAAAAUUUCCUCAUCAUUUUACAUCUAUUAAAGUUGCUUAUCACGAUAUUUGCCACAGGAAGCAACUAAAUGAUAAGACUGUAACAAUUUUAAAAAAUAAUAUAGAUCAUUUUCUCCCGAAAGAAAUUUAUGAAAAAAUUGUCAGUUAUUUAAAUAAUGUGGAUAUGGAUUAUCUAAUCACUUGUUACAGGCUAGAUAGAAAACGCCCUGCUACUAAAUGUUAAAUAUCAAUAGUUAU